UGCUCCUUACAUCAUGUGCAGGUCGUGUGAUGCUAAGGAAGUUCUUCAGGUUGUUGCAAGGAGCAGACACGGAAUAACGUCAGACAGCUUUGUUGUGCUGGAGCGACCAUGGAGUGGGACCUGAGACGCACCCAGUCACUGAGGAACAUGUCCUCAUCAGGAGACAGGUCCAUCUGGACGGACACAGGACUCCGGGACAAGACUGUGUCCCAGUUAGUGGCCAGGUAUCAAACUACUGUGGAAAAAAGCUCAGGUGUUCAACCAACUCCAGUGGAAAAAUCAGAAGCAAAGACAAAAAAAGCGUUAAACGAGGUGGCAUCACCUUCAGUGAAAACUCCAACAACUCACCUGGAGUCCCUGAUGAAAAGAAAUGAAGAGCGAGAAAAAGUCGGAGUCAAAACCAACCUGACUCGCAGCAAAUCAACGGGCAGCCUUCAAAACAGCACAGGGUCCUUUGAGGCCCUUAUGGCUGUGUUUGAGUCGAGCGACACUGCCAAAAGGAGAGUAAAGAGCAGCUUUAGGAUGUCAAAUGAAACACAGAAGUACAAAGCUGACAUGCCAGUGGUGAAUGGAGAGGAUGUGCAUGGCACUGCAAGAGAGCAUAAACCACCUGCUGAGAAUAAAAAGGAUCAUGUGGCUCAAAAGUUGGCGAAUCAGGUUAUGAACCAGUCCCAGAUUGAGAGGAGAAGAACGAUAGCCGGCGUUAAUUUUGAAAAGAUGGCCGCAUCUGAAGCAGGUGAGCUCCACAUAUGA